AUGGCGACCCGUCCACAUUCCAUCAUUAUCUUGGAUGACUAUCAAAAUGCAUCCUCGACGGCCGACUGGUCCCAGAUUCCCAAGGACGUGAAAAUGAAAGUGAUGAACACGGCGAUCGACCCAGCCGACCUCGUCGAGACGUUGAGGCCCUACACCAUCAUUCACGCAAUGCGCGAGAGAACCAAGUUCCCUAGAUCGGUUUUGGAGCACCUUCCGAAUCUCAAGUUCAUCUCGACCACUGGGAUGCGAAAGUGAGCAUCGGGAUGCUAAGCCAGUGAGGGCUGGCAGGACCCCCACAUGGGACUGACACGAGCUGUGACUCCUCUUGGCAGCCGAGGCAUCGACUUACAAGCCUGCGAAGAUUUGGGCAUCAUCGUCAGUGGUACGAUCGCGAAUGGGAACACCGCUUCGGGAACGGUCGAACAAACAUGGGCGUUGAUUGUGGCGCUCUCGCGGCGGAUCGUGGUCGAACACGUCAACUUGAAGGGCCAAGCUCCGAGCUGGCAGACCGGUGUCGCCACUGCUUUAUCGGGCAAAACGCUGGGACUUAUAGGUGUGGGGAGAAUUGGAAAAGCUAUGGCAAAUGUCGCCAAGGCGUUCGGGAUGGCGGUUGUAGGGUGGAGCCCGAAUUUGAACGAAGAGAGGGCCAAGGAAGCGGGUGUCGAGCUCGCCACGUCGUUGGAAGAUUUGUUGACGCGCAGUGACGUCGUUUCAAUCCACAUCGUUUCGUCCGAUGUGACGAAGGAUCUCAUCUGUCACCAUCAAUUGGAGAUGAUGAAGAAGACGGCGAUCUUGGUCAACACCUCGAGGGGUCCGAUCGUGAACGAGCAAGCUUUGCUUCGGGGAUUGCAAGAGGGGACGAUUGCUGGGGCUGGCUUGGACGUUUUCAACGAGGAACCCUUGCCGAUAUCGCAUCCGUUCAGGAAACUCGAGAACGUUGUCCUUUCACCGCAUAUGGGCUACGUUGACGACUCGACGAUGAACCUGUUCUGGUGAGCCUGAUCGGCCGUUAGAGACUUAGAAACGGGCUGACUUGUUUCCAUGCACAAAAUAGGGAGCAAACACCGGAAAAUAUUGCGGCGUUCCUCAACAACAAUCCUGUCCGAGUCAUGAAGCCUGGCUCAGAUGCCUUUUGA